AUGGCCUCAAAGCCAAACGCGCCCCUUGCGUGCCACUGCCUCGUAACAGUUGGCGCAACAGCCCGCUUCACCCAGCUCCUGACCGAGGUCCUCUCCACCGCGUUCCUGGACCAUGUCACCUCGAACCGCUACACGCACCUCACACUCCAAUGCGGCAAGGACUACGCAGACUUCUCCCGCCAGAUUCUACCUCCGAUUCUGAACCAGUACCCUGGAAUCGAAAUCACCGCGUUUGACUUUGUCGACGAUUUGACUACCGAGAUGAUCAAGUGUCGAGCGCAGGCGGGCGUGCGUGAGGCAGGUGUGGUCAUCUGUCAUGCAGGCACGGGAACCAUCCUCGACGGAAUGCGCGUCAGCGUCCCCCUCAUCGUGGUCCCCAACCCAACCCUAAAGGACAACCACCAGGUCGAGCUCGCCGAAGAGAUCCAGCGCCAGGGCUACGGGAUCUGGGGCCGCCUCGGCGAAAUCGUGUGGGCCCUGGAGCAGCUGGCCCUGCAGCUCGAUAAGACGGAGCAGCAGUACCGGCCUCACCACGUUGCGACGACAGGAGCGGACCCCGUGGAUGUGGAUGUCUGGCAGGUCAGCAGCGCGCUUAUGAACCGUUACUCUGACGAACCUGGUCCUGCUGCUUCGGCGGCGCCUAAGAGGUCUCAAGUGAGUGACAGCGGCGGUGUUGGAGAGGAGGUUCAGCGGGAGGAGGUGGCACAGAUGACGAUGGGCUAG